AUGGAGCUCUGCAUCGCUUGUUCACGCUCUCUCGACGCUGCAGACGUCCCCAGCUACUCAGAGAAGACCGAUCCGCCACCGACUCGCUUCUCCUGCGACCAUCAAGUCUGCGGGGCCUGCGUGCGGAAGAGACGAACGCUGGGACAGUCAUGCAUCCUUUGCUCGACGGCGCAUGACGUUCUGAGCGGCGGGAGUUCAUCGACGAGCAAGGCGCCCUCUCGUGCACCAAGCCCUGGACGACUGCCUUCGUACGACGGCCCUAGAAGAGCAGACGAGGCGGGCGAUUUUGUUCUUGGCGACGAUUCGGACGAGGAGGAGAAGGACUUCUCGUCGGCAAAGGCGGAUCCGCCUCCUCCUCCUGCGGCAGAGGAUUGGGGACAGCCGCCGGCUUACGAGGGGCACGAGGAUGACGAAAACGUCGAGGUGGACGAGAAGCAGAAAUCGUCGCAGCCGUCGAUUCACUACGUCCGCCCGGAGGAGACGAUGCUCGGGUUGAGCAUGAAGUACGGCGUCGACGGUACCCUUCUCUGCCGAUGGAACAAGCUUCCAACAUCGACACUUUCAACAACGCCUCACCUCCUACACACCCGCGAGUUCAUCCUCCUACCGCCAGACGCCCGCGCUUCGACGUCGACAGAACCGGUCUUGCCGCCCGAGCUCGAACGGAAACGACUGGUCGUCCGGCGGUUCAUGGUCACGACGAAGUGCACAGAUUGGUCGAUGGCGCAGACCUACGUCGAUCAGGUCUUCCGAGCGCGGAAAGAAGAAGCGCGGUUUAUACAGGAGAACAGGGCAGCGAGGGGUGACGUCGGCGAGGCCGUCGGAUCGCGAGAAGGAGGCGAGCUGGAGGAGGCGGUCGAGGCGUACCAGGCGGACGAGCGGUGGGAGCGCGAGCAGCGGAACCUACACGGCGGCGUGAAGGGGAAGGGGGUCUUUGGGCGGCGGACACUGGAGCCUGGCGCGUCUGGGACGAAGGGAAGCAAGGGGUGGAGCUGGAAGUGA